AUGUUAAAGAGGGCUCUCCUGCUGGGACUGUGCUCCUCAGAGUCCCAGCAGGAAGUCCCAGCAGGAGUCCAGUCCCUGUGCUCCCACGAAGAGUCAGCCGGCUACAGUGACCCUCCCCAAACCCGACAGAAGACAGUAUCACACACACGAGACCCGCCAGAUCACCACACCCGACCCCCUCCCACCCAACCAAAGACCACGCCGCAGCCCACGACCAGAACCUCAUGUACACCACACCAGCCCUCGAACAGCGGGCGCAGCCGGCGCCGACCGACGCAGCGCUCAGGACCGUCUCCAGGGGCCGUCCAAGCGCAGGAGCCUCAACUACACUCCCUCCGCCCGAAGUCUCGCCACACCCCUCCUAAUCGUACUGGACCCAAACCGAUCCAGGACCCCGGCUCCCUGCACAGUCGCGCCACACAGCUGCGAGCCUCGGGCCACGCCCACCAACAGCUUACACGUCCAGCCGCCGGCCCGCCAACACCGAACCAUCACCUCCGACAACCACAGCCGCCACAACUGAGCCCACCCCCAAAUACGAAACGCGAACCAGACCCCGCGCACGCACACCUGCACCAACAACCACAACCAAUCCAACGAGACCCAGCCAGACCAGACACUCCAAGCGACACCGCCCCGAACACAACGCGCCGCUCCACACGCAACCCACGAACCCCAAAAACCGAAACAGUCUACGCCAGCAAGCCUAACCGCGCCGACGCACGAGACAUGACAGCAAGAGCCCUCUAG